AGUUGUCAUAGCUCUCUUGUUACUUUUACUCAUCGCUCUCUCUCUUGGUUUCUCUCUCAGUUCCUCCCCCCCCCAAGUCUUACCUAAAAGACUUUUAGCUUGUGUUGGUCAUUGUGUGUAAAUAUUUUACAUCUGAGGACAGCUGGAGGCUUCAACCCACAGAAAACCCCUUCAUGUAUCUACCUGAUCACUCUUGCUGAUCUGUUGGAUUCUCUGGAUUGAGUGCUGCUUGCUGUGGCUGAGGAGCCAUUUACCUCGUAGACAGGCGUGCUGAGGACUUGUGCUCAGAGGGCAUAUAAAAGAAUAAACAGCAAGCAGUCACCAUGUUGCGAGAAGCUAUGACGAGUGUUGUUAAAUUGCACAGUUAUCUACAAUCAAGAACUGAUGCCAGAGUCAGAGACUACCCUCUGAUGCAGAGCCCUGUGCACAUGACCUCUAUCCUGCUGGGCUACAUUGUCUUCGCCGUGUACGUGGGGCCACGAGUGAUGUCAAAUCGCAAACCUUUCCACCUCAAGACCCCCAUGAUAAUCUACAAUCUUUCCAUGGUUUUGUUGAAUGCCUUCAUAGUAUAUGAAUUCAUGAUGUCUGGAUGGGCCACCACCUUCACGUGGAGAUGUGACCUUAUUGAUCCCUCCACCAGCCCACAGGCUCUUAGGAUGAUUCGAGUGGCUUGGCUGUUUUAUUUUUCAAAAUUCAUCGAACUUCUUGACACAGUGUUCUUUGUGCUGAGAAAGAAACAAAGUCAGAUCACAUUUCUCCACGUCUUCCAUCACUCUUUCAUGCCCUGGACGUGGUGGUGGGGCGUCACCCUGACACCUGCUGGAGGAAUGGGCUCCUUCCAUGCCAUGGUGAAUGCAACUGUCCAUGUUAUCAUGUACACCUACUACGGACUUUCUGCUGCAGGGCCUCGCUUCCAGAAAUACCUGUGGUGGAAGAAGUACAUGACCGCAAUCCAGCUUACGCAGUUCAUUCUGGUCUCCAUUCACAUCAGCCAGUACUACUUCAUGGAAAAGUGUGACUAUCAAGUCCCCUUGUGGAUCCACCUGGUCUGGAUGUAUGGCGUCUUAUUUUUCCUCCUCUUCUCCCACUUUUGGGUGCAAGCCUACAUAAAGGGCAACCGACUUCCCGCCACGGCUGACAAGGUGAAACAGAACGGCUCAACCAGCGAACCACUCACCGUGGUGACCAACGGCAAACCCCUUCAGAAUGGGAACGGUCACCACUACACAAAUGGCAAAAUCUUAAUGGGCAAAGUCAAGGAAGUUUAACUUGGUGACCCCGGAAAUGAGAAGGACACACAGACUGUUAGUUGACAUUAACACCUUAAAUACAUCCUUCAUAUCCAGUAGCAUACUGGCCUGACAUCAAUUUCAAUAUGCUUCAUCUAAACUACAGAGUCUCGUCUAGUCUUUUUGUGAAAAUACAUGCACUCUUCUUGGGUUAUGAAUGGUGGUCUCUACCUGCCCACAUUGUGUUUGUAAGUUGCAACUGUGAUGAAUACUGUAUGAAGGCUGGUGCUCAUUUUGUCACUGAUAGUAUUCUUUAACUCAGGCUUGACCCGCACGAGCUUGACCUACACUGCAGUUUUGCUAACAUGACCUUUGUUGCUUGGGAGUAUGGAGCAUAGCACAGUUUUCACUCAAGACUAGUACAUGUAAAUAACUAUUAUUGUUAGCCCAAAUUAAGGCUUUCACUGUAAAUGUCAAAUAUUUAGUUUUUUUUUUUUAUUUAUCUUUUUGAAAUAAAAAAAAAUUUAGAUAAAGGUCUGUGUAAUUUGAAAAGCAGUUGUGAUGUGCACUGUGACAGAAACAUCACACUUAAAACUUCAAUUUUAAGAAUUGAUGGAAAAGCAAUGUUAUACUGUAUAUUACAGUAUUGAUGCUUUUUUUUAAAAAAAAAAUAUGUGCUCAUACACUGCUGUGCACGUUCAUCUGUAAUAAUCCAGCCUGAGUUUUACAACACUCUAUGGUCUGUUCUCUCUGCACACUAUGCUUUAAGUUAAUAGGCUUUCUGUGAUGUUGGCUGUUUCUGAAUAUAACUAAAGAAGUAUGAAUAUAUUUGAUAAACCCAUCAGUGUUUGCUGCUAUUGAUUUGUUUUAUUUAACCUAUAUGUCACCUCUGGGGAACAGAGGUUUAGGUUGUAUAUGUUGGUUUUAACUCUCUUGAUCAAAAUAAUAUUUUGGGACUUUUUUGAAAGAAAAUGAUUUUUAAAAAACUUGAACUUUUAUAAUCUGUACCUGUAGCUCCAGUUGCACACAUCAUUGGGCCAACAAACAUGUACAGAGACUUAACUCAGCAUGUUCA